ACAGAUACCUAGUUUUGAAAGUUAAUAGUGAUUCCAUUUUGAAUAAUCUGUUUCUAAGCGGGAUUUUCUUCGGAACUUUAUUAUUUUCGUUUCUCGGAUGGUUUUGUUUGUUCAUGGACGAGAUUUGAUCAACGGGCUUAAGAGACGUGGAUAUAUGAUUCGUUGCCGGUUUGGUGAAAUUUUUAGCUGCUGUUUUUGGUGUUUAUUUGGGGUGCUAAGUCAUAAAAUUGACGGUCAUCUGCUAAAUUUCCCAGUAUUUGCUGAAAGCUCCCAAUAUCUUUGUUCUAUUCAUUCUUUCUACCUUUUCUAAGUUAUCUUUUGGGAUUAGAAAAAGGCAGGGAAUGCUGAAAGAUGUGCCUCACCGCAAAGAAAUCUGUCACUGAGAUUCAUGAGAUUCCAUCAUCAAAACCAGAAGUGCUGCCUGUCUUCUUAAUUGAUGAGACUGGAUCAAUAAAUCACAGCUCACUUCCUUCAUGUGCCCAAAAGCUUAAUUGGUCUGUAAGUUAUAAUGUUCCUGUUGUGUUAAUUCAUGAUCUCAGUGAAGAUGGUUGAGCUGUUACUGCAAUAGAUAACUCCUGUUCUGUAAAUUUAACGUAAGGUGUCACAGCAGGAGAUAGUAAUAUUUGUUUAUAUUAAGUUUCAUAAGUUAUGGAAAAUAAACCGAAGGUGUUGACACAAAGAUAUGAAUUGGGGAGAUUAUUGGGCCAAGGAACUUUUGCAAAGGUUUACUAUGCAAGGAGUAUAAGAACUAACCAGAGUGUGGCCAUUAAGGUUAUUGACAAAGAAAAGAUUUUGAGAGUUGGGCUUAUUGAUCAGAUAAUGCGAGAGAUAUCUGUCAUGAAAAUUGUUAGACACCCUAAUGUUGUACAACUUUAUGAAGUCCUGGCCACCAAAAGUAAGAUUUACUUUGUCAUGGAAUAUUGUAAAGGAGGAGAGCUCUUUAACAAGGUUGCUAAAGGAAAAUUAAAGGAGGAUGCUGCACGGAAAUACUUCCAUCAGCUGAUUAAUGCAGUCGAUUUCUGCCAUAGUAGAGAAGUUUACCAUCGUGAUAUAAAGCCAGAGAAUCUAUUAUUGGAUGAGAAUGAAAAUUUAAAGAUUUCUGAUUUUGGUUUGAGUGCACUUGCUGAUUCUAAGCGCCAAGAUGGCCUACUACAUACAACCUGUGGUACUCCUGCAUAUGUUGCUCCUGAAGUCAUUAACAGAAAAGGCUAUGAUGGAGCAAAAGCUGAUAUUUGGUCUUGUGGGGUGGUCUUAUAUGUCCUUUUGGCUGGUUAUCUCCCUUUUCAUGAUUCAAAUUUGAUGGAGAUGUACAGGAAAAUUGGCAAGGCAGAGUUCAAGUUUCCUAAUUGGUUUUCUCCAGAAGUUCGUAAGCUGCUGGUCAGGAUAUUGGAUCCAAACCCCAGUACUAGAAUUUCUAUUGCUAAAAUAAAGGAAAGUCAUUGGUUCCGGAAGGGAUUGAAUUCUAAGCAGAAUAAGGCAGGAACAGAAAGUGAUAUUGCAGCUUCACCAGAUACAUGUGCUUCUGGGCCCCGUGAGAGUGGCAACAUGGCUGCUGAGGCAAAGCAAGAGUUAGUCCAACCUCCAAACUUGAAUGCUUUUGAUAUUAUCUCCCUCUCUGCUGGAUUUGAUCUGUCUGGAUUGUUUGAGGAUGAUUUUCAAAAGAGAGAAGCAAGAUUUACCUCCAGACAACCUGCCUCGGUCAUCUUCUCUAAGCUGGAAGAAAUUGCAAAGCGGUUGAAGCUGAAGAUAAAGAAAAAGGAUGCUGGAUUGUUGAAAUUGGAAGGUGAGAAGGAAGGAAGAAAGGGAAUCUUGUCUAUUGAUGCAGAAAUUUUCCAAGUAACUCCCACCUUUCACUUAGUAGAGGUGAAAAAAUCCAAUGGAGAUACACUGGAAUAUCAGAAGGUGGUGAAAGAAGAUAUAAGGCCUGCACUUCAAGAUAUUGUUUGGGUUUGGCAGGGUGAGCAACAACAGCAGUCCCUGCCAGCAUCUCUGGGAGAGUCGCAUCAAUAUGAACAACAACAGCAGCAACAGUGACUUUUAACAGCAGUUCUCAUGAGAGACCUUAUAUUCCUAGUGUCAAAUGGUAUCUUAUCUUUGUGUACUUUCAUAACCUUCUCAUUUCGUAGGUGUUUAUGUUGUGUUGUUUUCGUGAGCGGUAGGUGUUUACACAUGCCUAUCAUUUUUCUGUUAUUUUAUUUGUCAUGUUAUUUGAGUCCUUUUGUUUCCAGUUCUCUUUCUUAUACUGAAAAUACAUUCUGUUAUAGGAUUUGUGCUCAAAGAGUAAGUUAAAUAAUCCCCUGCAUUUUCAUGCUCUUUUUAUUAUUUGAAA